CCCCAAUGGCGGGGAAAUUGAUCUGAUAAACUAUCACGGACGUUCGUGUCCUUCAUUCAUCCGCUUAAAAAAAUAAGUCAGAACGACUGACCUCGUGCCAUGCAUCGUAAAAAGCAACAGAAAUGUCCCAACCCCCUUUUCUUGAAGUGUCUGGAGGAUUGGCGGGAUGAAGCGAAACAGAGGAACUCCAAGCUGCAGCACACGUACGCCAAGGUUAGACCACAAACAUAACGCAAAAGAUAACAGCAAAACACGUCGAUCUCCAGCGUAGAAAGCGGAAACAUACAUGGAACGGGAACCACGGGACCUCGUUUUGUUUUACAGAUUGGUUUUAUUUUUUUGAAUUUCCUACCUUUUAUAACAUCUCUUUCUCAAUUAAUUGAAGGCGGAGGUACAGUUUCUUUUUAUUCCUUAGACCAACAUAAUUAUAUGAAUCUUCCAACUGCACUGGUUUACUCAAUAACAUUGGCAUAACCUCUUUCAAUACAGCUUAUCCCUGAUUUACGUAACAAUCAUAAUAACUAUAAGGGUGUAACCAGCAUGUACUAGCACGAAAGUCAUUUCAACUUGCCAAAAUGAAAUUUCCCAAGCAGUUUAUAAUAAGUUAAUUAAAUAAUUAUUUGCCUUAUUAUGUAUUAUUAUGAGCUAUAACUUCGAUGAAACCGUUAAUUUAUGUUGGUAGUCGAAUUGAAUGGAGUGCAGUUUGGUUCAAUACCACUUCAUUACAUCCGUUUUAGUAAAUAGGAAUAGUAAAAACAAUUGUUAAUAUUUCUUUAUUUUUUUUGGAAAAAGAGAGAAGUUUUGGGGAAAAAUGUUGUUACGUUCUUUUAUGGAUUCUUUGUCUUUCUCUCUUUUUCCAGCAGUUUGGUUGGUUGUUUAGAAAAAGCCUUAAAAAUUUUAUUGGCUGUUUUGUUUUAGUGUUGCUUUCUUAUUGGCUAGGAAAAACAUAUGACUUAGAGAAAACUGGCAUGAUCCAUGAUUAAAUCAAACUUCUGAGAGCCUAUGAGAUCACAAAGAUCUUCAGUUAUUCCAAAAUAUAUGACAUAAAUGGUAAAACAUGAAAUAUCAACCUGCCUGGCUAUUAUUAACACAUUGGUACAACAAGUCAGUGUUUAUCUUAUGAUUAAAAAAAGUCCUUUGUCAUUAUUUCAUGAUUUAAAAAAAUUUGCCUCACACAUACCAGCAAUAUUUCCUCCAAUAAAUGUAAAUAGAUAAUUGUGUGUGUUAGACUUGAGGUAAUUCUACUAUGGUAAUAAUCCACUAUUAUAGCAAAAUGAAUUUAAGAUCACAUCACGGUUGGCUAUUAAGAAAAAUAUAUUUACAUGACUUUUGGCGUGUGGAUUAACUCUGCAGUUAAUCAAUCAAGAGGAUUAAUAUCUUUGUUGAAGAACUUUGUUUUUUUCUCAAGGCUGCUGCUGCUAUGAAGAAGUAUCCAUUACCUCUUAGCUGUGGAAAGGAGGCAAUGAUUCUUGAUAACAUAGGCAAGUUUUUUUUUAUUUAUUUGACAUUAAAUAACAUUGCUUCAAGUCAUUUCAUAGAAUAGAAAAACUUGUGCUAAGAAGGAGCAACCCUUGCGAACAGUGCUUUCCACAACUUGGGGAGGGAAAGGAGUAACUUCAACUAUAUGUUACAUGCAUGGGCAGUCAGCUGUCCAGCACACUUUCUCAAUUGAUGUAUUUUUGGAAACAGUUUGAGUUUACUGUCUCUGAGAACAAGCUUUAGAAUAGGAAACUUUUUUAUGAAUUGCUACCUUUAGAUGCCUACAUAGAACAAUUUUAUGAAGAUCUAAAUCAUGUAACUUUCAUGAAAAGCUUUCAAAAGUAUACCUUAUUACAAUCUAGUUAUUAUUAACUUUUGGGAAUCUAUUUCAGCAAUAAAAACUUUAAACUACUCUUUCUCUGGGUAUCAUGGUGGGUGAAUUUUGUAGAAAAGCACUGUUAUAAUGGAGACAACUUAGAAGUACUCUGCUGAAGAUCAGGAAUAAACUUCUUUUGAAUACAACAAGCUAUUUACUGCUAUAAGUUCUUGUCAUGAAUACAUUUAAAUGGAAACUUGCUGCAAGUUAUCACAUAAUACACAUUACAGAGUUAUAUUUCAUUAGAACAAGACACUUACAAAGAAACUCCUCCUGAGUGGGGGCUAUCACAAAUUAGCUUUCAUUCUUGAUGAAUUUUCUUUUUAAUGUUGGGGGAAAAAAACUGCACUAGGAAACCUCCUGCAAGUAUGUGUCUUCCAGUUACAUGUAAGUCAAUAGGUGAAAAUAUGUUGAAACCAAGCCAUUCAGCAUUGAUUGAAUGAGUUCCUUGACUCUGACUGACCAUGGGUUGAACAUUACAAUGAAAAAAAAAAAGGGGGCCAGAGGAGCCUCAGAAUAGUACUGAAAAAAAAAAGACAAAGUGCAAGUCAAACAAAUUAACUGGAUUGUGGACUCCACUCAGAAACUUCCAGCAAGAGAAUAGACCUUGUAUUUAUAUGCAUAUCUGUUUUCAUAAUUUUACUAUUAGAUGUCAAUCUGACAUAUUAAUAGAUAUAGGACAGCUAGAUUUGUUAGCCAUUGUGCUCGGCAGUAGGACUUGAAGGACUUUUUUGGGGAAAACUGAAAGUGCAAAGUCACUUUGGUGAAAUUAGAAUUGGGGCGAUCACUUGAAAGUUUUACUCAAACUUCCUAAAAAGGAUUUUUUUUCAUUGCAAUCAGGUGCUAUGAUUGCAAGAAGACUUGACGAAGCCAUGGUAAAGCAUUCUGUCAAUAAUCACCAAGGUUUGUAAUAAUUGAAACAGGUAGGUUAUAUCAUUCAAGUUAAAUUGCCUGAGAGAUUUAAGAAAUGUCAAUGCUGUGAUUGGUCCAGAAUUAUAAAAAUCAGAGUUGCCACCUCACCAUCAAUUGUGAUACUCAUAAUUUGGAAACUAAAACAAGUGAAAUACAAAUUUCCGGUGACAUUACAUAAUGCAUGUAGUUAUCAUGGUAUGCAUUGUAUUUUUACCAAAUUAAUUUUAAUUUCAGAGGUGUUUGCAAAUCAUGAUUUGGAAGAUGAAUACACAACAGAUCCGGUGCUAGACUCACUCAGUGUACAUACUCCACCAUCAGUUGAGUUAAAUGAUGAUAUUCUUGAAGAAGGACUUAAAAAGGUAUCAUUUAUUUCAAAUGAUACACAUUUAAUACAUACUAGCUACUUUGUUUUUGUUCUCCAGGAUUUGUAAUGGAAAUAGAACUGAGAAGAGUCCAAUUCAGUCUGUAAUCAUAAAAAUGAUUCAUGAAAUCAGACAACUGGAAACUGGGACCCGGAUUUGCUAAUCAUGAGUAUAAUUUUGAGACAGAAUUGGACAACACAAAAUCUUGUCACUAAUUAUUAAAAACUAUGACAAAAUUUGAGAAACAAACUAGCCAUUGUUUAUACAUUUUCAUAAGAUGUACUGUCCUAUUACAUAUGCAUGACAUGUAAACUGUUCAAUUACACCAUCCAAUUACAGGCAUGAUGCUUAUGCUGUCCAAUUUGACUGUCCAAUUACAAGCAUGAUGCAUACAUGUAUGCUGUCCUAUUAGUGCUCAAAUUAGACUGGUAAUAGCCAAUCACAUUCUGGAAUUUUCUUAUAGGUUUGAUUUUACCCAAAACUAGUUACAUGUCUGAUGAGUUUGCUCCCAGUAAAGAGGUGUAGAUUCAAUACCCAGUCAUUGUUAGGAUUAUUGAUAUGGAAAAUUUGUGUGACCUCUCUACUGCCUAACAUUGUAACUCACAAUAUUUUCCUUAAUGUUAAUGUAAAUGCUAAGUAGCAAAUUAUCCAUUGCUACAUCCUUUUAUGCCAAUCUGUUUCAGAGAAAAGAACCUAAGAGAAAAGUUACUAAUGAAUAUGUGCCAGCCUUCAGAUCAGGACCUUAUGCUUUGAUUGUGACAUUAUAUCAACAUAAUCAGGUGAUAAUAUUCUUGUAAUGACUGUGUAUAAAGGGCUAUCAUGUAAAGAAUGACACUAAUCCAAAAAAGGAAUGUUUUUUUUAAGCACACUUUUAUGAGAAUGUCACAAAUGAACAGCAACAUACUUAAUGUUGCCACUUAUCAAACAAUCAAUUUUUGAUUGUGAAAACCAAGCAAGGGCUUAAUUGUGGGUUUAAGGUAAGGUCAAUAGACAAACUGAGCAUGUCUACAUAUGGAAGUUAUCUUUAGGUAAUCAACUCGUGGCAAUGGAAAAAUAUAAACCACUUUGAGAUUAAAACUGUUUGAAUGUGUGGCUCUCAGGGCUCUCCUGCACAAGGACAAACAAUGACCAAGUAAACCUAAAUAAUUCCAGAAAAUUCAAAAUAGCUAUGCAGCCAGUUAGAACAUUUUCCUCAGUUAGUCUACUUCAAGGUGGAAUGAACUGUAAUAGAAACUUUCCAUAUGAGAUAAGUUUGAAUUUCCCAUAGUGGUGUCAAAUUUCCUGGAAUGAUGUUCUAAACAUGUAACAAGAAGCAGUUUGUACACUACUUUGGUUACUCUCUCUGCGACUGGUUAGCCUUAUUUAAGUGCAAUAUGUUUGGAUUGAUGCACAGUCAAGAGACAAAGGCUGUUUUUGCAUUUAUUCAAGCUGAUUCUUGCUCCAUUUUAUGUUUAGAGACUUAACAAUCCAGGAUACAUGACAAGAGCUGAGCUUCAGAGGGAAGCACAGUCACUCUGUGAUGCUUCCUUUACAAAGGUAAAAUACUUUUUCCUAGUGCACCAAAAGCUCUGUUUUUUGUAGCAUAACCAAGAGUUUGUUUUGGGGUAGUCAAAGUGAUGUGUAAAUUCUUUUUGUAAAACUUUGCGUUUUGUUCUACAACUUUGUAUGUUCUCAACAGAUGACAAACAUCUUUUACAACAAAAUAUUAUUUUGUUAUAAAAGAUGUACACUGAAAGUGCUACAAUUCAAUUUGUUAGCACAAAGUCAAACAUAUUAAGGAUUGUCAGCAACCGACUUACAACAAAAAUCAGAUCAGAGAACUCUGUAAAUGGAGAGUCCAUCUAUGGAAAGGAAAAUAAAAUAAGUGUGGAUGACUCUUUUUUGAUCUGCAGAAGCUCAACCUCUAUCCCAAUUAUAAUAAAAGAUGUAUCUGGUCAUAAAAAAAAGCAAAGACUCCAACACAAGGCUGUUAUUUGGAAAAUAUCCACAGGCUAAGAGCUCAGGAAACUUUAAAUGAUUUACUCUUGGUAUUUAAUAUUCCCAAAGAAUGUGUUUUCUGCAAAUAAUGCUUUAAAUAUGAAUCAUGUUUUGGAGAACAAGCUGGCAAAGCAACACAACAGACAGAGGCUUGUUUUGGGAUCAGACAGUUUAUUCAAUGUACAUAUCCUACGUAAAUAAAAGACUAGAUUAUUACAUCAAAGGUGUGUGAUGGAUACACUAAAACAACUGUCCAGUGAUCAAGAAAAAUGACAAUAACUAAUGAAAAAUGAAUUUGAAAGCAAUCUUCUCAGAAAUGAACACUGCUUAAACAGUUGUGAAAAUAAGACCUGAAAAAAAUUCAGCCUGUUCACAUAUAUGAUUUUCAUAUAUUUACAGUCACAAAUGAAAUAUAGAAAAUAUUACAAAUGUCUAUGGUGUGGGUGGGAGGGAAACUAAAUCUACCUCAGAAGCAGAAAUAAACUGGUUACAUGCUUGCUUAAUUGCAAGUUACAUGUGUGCAGAUGCCUGAGCAGUAAUAUACUUAAGUAAUUUGGCAAUUAACAAGCAUCAACGUGGUGCAUAUCCAAGCUAUAUCCAAGUCUUGUGACUUGUAUGCUGAACAAAUUGCUCGAUCUUAAGGAAAGGACUAAUAUGUAAACUGCUUGUACCCAGUCUAGACCUCUCAGUUACUGAUUUCUAGAUUCAUGUUAAUAGAGAUUGAUAUUCCCAAAAAUAAAAGGAUAGGUCCUAUACCAAGACUAUAAGAUUUACCUUUCGUCAGUUGUAUUUAAAGGUGCUAAAACUUUGACUAUAGACACCUUCAUUUUAAAACAAAAACUCCAUAACUCAACAGCACACAAAACCACAAUGCACAGAUCAUAAAUAGUAUCUCCUCUGGUUAUCUUAAAAAAAAAUGUGUAGUAAGAUUCUAAAUCUGAAGUGUGUAAAAUGAAUUUACUCUAGCCUGACCCGGGCAGUCAUUACACAGCAUGGUCUUCUAUGUCAACACUGAUCAAAAAAGGUUUUAUUACCAAGACAAGCAAUCCUGCCAGGUAAGAACCUGAUGUGUCAUGCUAUACACAACCUUGUGAAAAACUUUUGAGAAGUGUUUUUGUCCUGCUAAGAGUUGUAUGUAUUUUCAUGUUCGACAUCUAUUGAAGUAGUCUUGGGCAUAACAGAAUACUGUGAACCACACAUGUGCUUCAGUUACUUGGAAAAAUCCAAACUUUGGUGUUUUUGAUAAGCAUGACACUAAAAUCUGACUUUCAUUACAUACUCUGUAAUGAUAAUGAGGCAUGCUUUCUUUUCUGGUACAUUUGUAGAUAUUCCAUCACUGAUCAGGGCUGCAUUCUAGCCCAGAAGUUGGAGAGGGUGAACGGUGACAGGUUGUCAAUGGUGUCAUCGCACUUCACUGCAAGUAUUACUUCUAAAUUAGCCUCUUCUGCUUUAGUUGACACAAAAUCUGGCAAUAAACUAAGUGCAUCCAUCAGAAGUGUUGUAUCAACAUCAAAGCCAAAUGUUGAGUGCAAACAAAUAGACCUCUGUGCUGCUUCUGCAAGGGGCCUUGAAGGAUUUACAAGCAUAGUUGAAAAAAAGGAAUUAAAUCCCAAGAGGUAUGUCAAUUCAGCAAGGCUUACCUUGGAACCAUAAAUUAUUUGUGGUUUGCCAUGUUUCAAACUUUUUACUUACAAUUACUCAAUCAGCAUACAGUGUUACUGUGAAUUUUUGCUGGCAUUGCAUUAGGGACUGUUAUGCAAUUUGUUUUGUUGACUAGAGAAUCAGUAAAAUCCAUUUGAUUUACUUUGCAUGAUAUCUUCCUCACUGCUGCAGAAAUAGGUAAUAAUAGACUUCUCUUGUAUUUGCAUGGUGAAAAUUUUCAUUCUGUAAAAAACAUAGGCAUGCAAAACACUUUUUCCUUUGACAAAUUUCUUUUGGAUUAUUCAUCAAGAAUAAUCAACAUGAUAAAUAGCAAAAAUAAUGACAAUGGAAACAUUGAAAAAAGCUGUCAGUAUAGAUUUUGGAUAUGAUAUAUAUUUUGAGUAUCAAUUAGGUAACUUGAGACGAAAAACAUAUUUCUCUUGAUACAGGUUGUAUUUGAUGUACCUUGACAUAAGUGGGAUGAGUUAAAAAAAAAAAUUAAAAGCUUUCAAUGUAACUGGUCCCUUUCAUCCCUGGUCUCUUUCACAGACUUGCUAAGGCUGACUUCAACCUUGAUCCAGGUUUUGUGCUAAGACCAGGUUUGUUUCACAAGAAAUGUUUGUCAAAGUACAACAAGUGGUGUGCUGCUUAAAUGAUAGAAGAGAUCAAAGAAAUGGUAUUGACUCUUUGACGCCUGAGAAUGACUAGCAUCUUAUGUCUCUUCACAAUAUCAGCCCUGAAUCACUCAUUAAGGUGACGAAAAUAAAGGAAAUGAUUACCAACUGAAGUUUUUAACAAAGUUUCCUGGUCUGCACCUUAGGAAAUGUAUAGAGAUCAGUAUGGAGAAUAUGCAUAUUGAUGAUUGGGUCUAAAGGGUUAAGGCAAUUAGUUAUUUUAAGGCGACAUGCUGUAUAAUUAAUAAUUAGCAUCAAGCGAGAAAACUACAAACUCCAGACCAUAUUACAUUUCCACUGAUUUACCAAAUUUACAAGGAAAGUUGUUAAUAAAGAAAUGAAGCAACUAAAUCGUUAAAAUGAGUAAUGAAUUAAACUUUAUUCUUUAAUUGAUUUUGUUUUCGUAGGAACGUUCGAUGUUAUAUUGUGUGUAGAUGUGAAUGAGACAACGUCAGGAGAAGCCAAGUCGAGAAAAGAUGCUCUUAUUCCGGAACUUAAGAACAAUGGUACUUGAUCCUAUUUUAUCUUGCGGUGUAUCACUCUUUUAAGAUUGGCUCGCAUGAAGUGUUUCGCAGAAAAAGAGAGAGAGAGAGAUGAAUAAUAAUUGGUUAAAAAGGUGUAAUACAGUCUACAGAAACCUUGACGAGUAUAAGUCAGGGACACGCAGCGCCCAAAAGCUGUCGAAGACGUGUUCAUAUCUCAACGGCUUAAGAGCAUGUUUAGCAUCUUCAGCAUACUUGUUAAAUUGCUUGAACGAGUUUCUUUGAAACAACUCGCCACUCUAUUUCUAAAAGUGAGUAUUUAACGAUAGAAAUUUGAAUUUUUUCCUCAGGAGUACAGUUUGAUGUGCGCAAACUGCAGCUCGGAGACUUCCUCUGGGUGGCUCGUGAAAGAACUGUUCCAACACCAGGUAUGUGUAAAACAGCUUUUCUUAAUGUUCCUCGACAAUGGAUGAAUACAUCUCUUAUAUUUGCGUUUUGCUGCGAAAUUCAAGGUUGUUUGUCAGUACCUGUGGCUCGAGAACUUAUCCUGGAUUACAUUGUGGAAAGGAAAAGAAUGGAUGAUCUCUGUGGAAGUAUCAUCGACGGUCGUUUCCACGAGCAAAAGGUAAUUAAGCUUAAACGUAAUCUUCACCUCUAAGGUAUCGUGAAAAAUGAAUUUUUCUCUCUUGACUGUUUUAGUUUCGACUUCGCCAUUGUGGUCUCAGACACCCAAUUUACCUGGUGGAGGAUUUUGGCUCAAUUCAGCACAUGAGUCUACCGGAGAGCACAUUGCUUCAAGCUAUUGUUAACACGCAGGUUUGUAACAAAAUCACUUGUUUGAACCCAAAGAUAACAGUGACUGAUGUACCCUACAGGUGUCAGUGACAGUGACUGUUGUUGUGACAACCUGAGUCAUCAUAGUCUAGUGAGGAAUUACAAGCUGUCAAGUGUUAUAAACUAGCUAUAAACUUGGUUUGUGAACGUUGCUGUGAUUAUCAUCGUCAUCAUAACUGUAAUAAUGAUAAUGAUUAUACACUUUAUUAUUUAUCUUAAAAGUAUCUAGGUAUUAUUUAUGAGGAUACUAUCUCUCUUUAGGUGGUAGAUGGCUUUUUUGUGAAGCGGACACGUGAUUUGAAAGAGAGUGUUGCAUAUUUAACAGUCAUGACUCGCUAUCUGCAAAAAUUUUACACAGUAAGUACCAACUUUACCUCGCUCCCUCGGCCAGUUUAGCAUCAGAAACACAACUGCAGUGUGUAUCAGUUUUGAAACGGCUAAAACUGAUCUUCAAAACUACUUCAUAGAGAAUUUAAAACAAAAAAAACAAAAAAAUUCCUCUAGUAGACUCUUUCAGUAGACUUGAUCUACUCUAAAAUUUAAUUUCUCUGUUGAAUCAAAGAUUAGAGAGUUACAGCACAAGUUAUUAAAUGAUGCAAUUUUCGCAGCUGAGAAGUUAUUCUGUUUUAAAAUGAUUGUGUCGCCUAUAUGCACCUUUAGUUAGAAGGAGGUUGGAUCCCUGGAGCAUUUAAUUUUUUCACUGGGACAUAUCAAGAGGUUUGGCGAGCUCCCUCUUCUUUACAAAUAAAUCAAAAAAUAUGCAAGGAAACUUCAACACAUUCAUAUUUUAUUCGGUGUAUUUGAUAACAGUGAAGAUUUCUCAAUUUUGAACCGUUUGGUAAUUAUGGGUAAGUUUUUUUACCUAUAAUUGUAAAUUUGAUAAAAAUAAUCCAUCAGUAGAAAUUUUUUAGUAAAGAUUAAAAGUGCGUUGAGAAAAAAAUUGCAACCAAGAGUGAUAAACUUUAUAAGCACUACAAAAAUAAUGGGAAAAACUAUUACCUUAUGUGCAUAGAACAUGGGAGAUGUGUUGUUAGAAAAAAGAUGUGUUAGCAUAUUGAACUGUGUUAUUUGAAUGUUAAAGAAAGUAAAAAAUUACGAAAAAAAUCAGAAACACAACGACAAGGAUUGAUCUUAGAAGGUGAUUCCUCAGUACCGCACUGCGCAUCCUGUACAGCAUGUAAUGAGGCUAAUGAGCGAGAACAUGGUAUUGUUUUGUUUUGUUUUGUUUGGACGAGGUGUGCAAAUUAUCCCCUUUAAAUAAAAAAAAAUUUAAAUAUGGUUAUCGGAAGGAAAAGAGAUAUGGCUAAAAGCGUGCACGAGGCUCUUACAUGAGGAUGUAAAUCACAAUCUUAAAAGCAACGACUCAAAGAAAAUUUUGAGUGAUUUUUCCACAAGUUAUAAAUCAACUUGUGUUAUUAGCUCAAGACUUUCUAUCUAUCAAAAUAUUUUAAAAGCCCCUGGUUGUAGUUACCGCAGAAUGUACAAUGAUGAUAUAAGGUGCGUGAUCAGUACCACAACAGUUACAAAUUUUAGUAAGAUUAGCCCAUAUCUUUUCAGCAAGCACGGUGACUUAUCUUUUUUAUUGUAGUUUGUGCAACAGAGAUUGGUCGAGAACAUUUACGUGUCACCCGUUAGCGCUUGUAGAUGCACCCAACGAGAACAAAUAAUUUAUUUCAGUAUAUUUUAUGCAACAGUUGAAACUGUUUUCACGCUUUUGACGCGGAUACGAAUUUAGGAUCCAGUCUUAGAUAGUGCAGUCCGAGUUAUGCAAUUCUAUUUUUCUCCAUUAGCCUAUGUCGUUCAUUUUCUCUUCAGAAUAAAACUCUUGUCAGCUGUCAUCCAGGAGGCCUGGAGGAAGCGCGUUUAAACAACGAUAAGGAAGGAACUAAAAUGUACCUCAUGAAUUUCCCCGUGUUCAAUGAUUCAACUGUCAAAAAUAAGGUAACAAGAAUCAUCUUCAUUUCCAUUAGACUAACCUCUUUAGACUAUAUUCGGUCUUUAUAAAGAGAUAAAAGCAAACAAAAAAUUAUAGAGAAGGUUACUGCCAGUCUUACUGCAGAAAGCGAGUAUGGUCGAGGGUGUAAUGAUAAAGGGACAAAAUUUUGCGUUUCUAAUAUCGUUAUUUACAUACAAAUAGAUGUUAUGUGUAGGUGAGUUGGCUUUCCCCGUGCUUACUUCAGGUGAUGACAGUGAGUGAAGUGUUUGCCAAGCAGCUUAUGCAGCUGAGUGGAGUGUCUCCUGACAAGGCUGCUGCAAUACUGGACAAGUAUCCCACGCCUAAAAGGUGAUGCAUGUGGAAUGACUUGGCACUCUCUGAAACUCUUAAAUUGUGCUCAAGCCCUCUAUCAGUAAGCAAGAGGUUUCAUUUGGAAAGAUCCUUUUUACAGAAAUGCGUGUAAGAGAUAAGCCUUGAUGGAUAAAAUAAUGGAGUUCUCGAGUAUUAUGGAACAAAGUUUUCCCAAGUGUGGCAUUGAAAAGAAGCUACAAAAAAUGUAACGCAACAUCGUAUUCCGAUUUUUAGUUUGUUUAAUGCAUACAAGGUACAGAAGAGUGUGGAAGACAAGGAAUUGCUCCUCUCUGUGCUGAAAUGCGGUGAAAAUCAAAGGUAAAUGAUAAAUCAUCUGACAAAACAUGUGACGGACGUUCUUACACAACAAUCAGAAUGAACGUGUUAGUAGUAUUGUAGGGUGGAGGUAUGAAAUAUAAAAAUGUAAAAAUGACAAAACAUGGGACGGACGUUCUUACACAACAAUCAGAAUGAACGUGUUAGUAGUAUUGCAGGGUGGAGGUAUGAAAUAUAAAAAUGUAAAAUCAUUAUGAAUACUACAAAUAUUGAAACUGCAGGUAUAGAUACAUCUUCGCAUGAUUUGCUUUUGUUACUGAACCAUCAGAAUUCCUUUUUCUAAUUUUUACGGCAGACAAGACAUAUUAAAUAGUGCGGUUCAGUGUGAUACAUCAGUGGUUCUUUGAUAUACUCGGCUUUUUAUCCCUUUCAUUUACACUUUCUUAUUUUGUUUGUUUGUUUGUUUGUUUUUGUUUUUGUUUUUGUUUUUGUUUUUGUUUUUUCUAAGCUCUCCACCUUGCUACUCACAAGAUUUGCUCUCGGUUGCCCCGAGUUCAACGCCUUGGCUGCACCUUGUAUAUAGCCAAUUAGUCUGUCCCCGGCCAGUUGGGAUUUUUAAACACUGGGUUUAUUUACAAUGUUUUCUUCAAUUUGUUUGCAGUGGUCAAUUUGUUUAUAUUUUUACUACUAUUAUUAAUGUUUGUCUUUCAUGACCUUUAUUUCCUAGGCCUAUGAAAAUCUUAUAGCAAUGUACCAGUCUAAUAAUUUCGAAUGUCACCUAAUUGCAGGACGUUAGGACCGUCUCUGAGUAGACUGAUUUAUCAGCUGUUCUGUUUGCCCUCCCUGUGUUAACAAUUGAGGUGGAAUAUCAGAUGUUAGGGAGCUGGUUUCUCCUUUUUCUUCCUCUAUGUGUAACUAGAACAGACAAGUUGUGCAGAUUGGGCAUCCGCGGAUGGAAAUUGUUACUGAUAUUACAGUUAGAUAAACCUCAAUUCUGUUCCAUAUCAUCUUUGUGCUAAUUUACAUUGUAUGGCAGCUUAAAUCCUUACAUGUUAGAAAUGUUAGAAUAUUAUAGGGUCAAGAACAUACUCUGUGUUCUUUGGUCUCAAUAAAAAAAUCUGUCUAGGUUAACCCCGUGUUGAU